GCUUCGAUUGUCCUUCUUCGGCACCGGUAGUUCAGCUUAUCUUCCGCUGACAGGAAGUGGCUGGUCCUUUUCCGCAGACUCCAACAUGGCCCGAGGACCGAAGAAGCAUCUGAAGCGUGUCGCAGCUCCUAAACACUGGAUGCUGGACAAACUCACUGGAGUGUUUGCUCCUCGUCCCUCCACCGGUCCCCACAAACUGAGGGAGUGCCUUCCCCUCAUCAUCUUCUUGAGGAACCGUCUCAAGUACGCUCUGACCGGAGAUGAGGUCAAGAAGAUCUGCAUGCAGAGGUUCAUCAAGAUCGAUGGCAAGGUCCGCACUGAUGUCACCUACCCCACUGGCUUCAUGGAUGUGGUCAGCAUUGAGAAGACAAGCGAGAACUUCAGACUCAUCUAUGAUGUCAAGGGACGCUUUACAGUUCACCGCAUCACAAAUGAGGAGGCCAAGUACAAAUUGUGCAAGGUGAGGAAAAUCCUCAUCGGCACAAAGGGAAUCCCACAUCUGGUGACCCAUGACGCCCGCACCAUCCGCUACCCUGAUCCCAUGAUCAAGGUCAAUGACACCGUCCGCAUUGACCUGGACACAGGCAAAAUUACAGAUUUCAUCAAGUUUGAGACAGGCAACAUGUGCAUGGUGACUGGAGGUGCUAACUUGGGGCGUAUUGGUGUGAUCACCAAUAGAGAGAAGCAUCCUGGCUCUUUUGAUGUGGUGCAUGUUAAAGACAGCACUGGCAACAGCUUUGCCACCAGGCUCUCCAACAUUUUCGUCAUCGGCAAGGGCAACAAGCCUUGGGUGUCCCUGCCUCGUGGAAAGGGUAUCCGCCUGACCAUUGCUGAGGAGAGAGACAAGAGACUGGCUGCCAAACAGAGCAGCAGCUAAGUCAACAGACUAGCAAACACCUUGGUUUGAAAUAAACAAUUAUUUACAAC